AUGCUGGUGUUGCUGGUGCCUCUCACCACACCCACGGGCCUCCCCUUGCUGGCUGCCUGCAGCACCGUCCAAAUGCAGCUGCUUCUGGGCUGCAGCACCACGGUACACCGGGAAGAAUGGCAGCGGGGCCGGGCUCGGGACCCCCAGCGCCAAGGACGCCCACAGCUCCUGCAUCGGAACCCCUUCCACCUGCGCAUGGACCUCCACAGCCCCCUGGAAACGCUGGUGGACGUGCUGGCCGCCGUCCUGCAAGCCAAUGACUGGCACGACAUCGCCCUGGUGCUCUGCCCAGCCUGGGACGUGCCCGGCUUCCUCGACGUCUGGAUCAGCCGCACCCGCCUGCGCCCACAGGCCCUGCUGGACCUGAGCUCCCUGGACGAGGCGGGUGCCACCCGGGCGCUGGAGGAGCUGCGGGACCUGCUGGGCCCGGUGCUGCUGUUCGGCUGUGACGCCCAGCGCUCCCGCCAGCUCUUCCAGGCGGCCCAGGAGGCGGGCGUGGGGCCGCAGGAGCUGCACUGGGUGCUGGGCCAGCCGCUCAGCGCCGCGGAGCUGCAGACCGAGGGGCUGCCCCUGGGGCUGCUGGCCUACGGGGAGGUGGACCGGCCGGCCCUGGAGCUCUUCGUGCAGGACGCCGUGCAGCUGGUGGCGAGGGCCCUCGGCAGCGCCGUGCGCGUGCGGCCUGACCUGGCACUGCUGCACACCAUGGUCAACUGCAACGACCGGCACACGGACACUGGCCCGUCCUCAGGGGAGUACCUCUCCCGGUUCUUGGCCAACACGUCGUUCCAGGGGCAGACGGGCCCCGUGUCGGUGCACGACACGUCGGCGGUGCGCACGGCCCGGCACUACCGCCUCUGGAGCCUGCUGCAGGACUCGCUGGGCCGGCCCACCUGGGUGACCGUGGGCAGCUGGCACGAGGGCAAGCUGGCGCUGGAGGAGGGCACCUGGCAGAGCCACCUGCAGCGCAGGAGCCCGGGCGACAGGGACGGCUUCUCCCCCCCCAAGCUGCGGGUGGUGACGCUGGUGGAGCACCCCUUCGUCUUCACGCGGGCGGUGGACGAGGAUGGGAGCUGCCCAGCCGGGCAGCUCUGCCUGGACCCCCACACCAACGAGUCGGCCGUGCUGGACGUCCUCUUUGAGGCACUGGGCUCCAAGAACGGCUCGCUGCCCCGGGGCCUCACGAAGUGCUGCUACGGCUACUGCAUCGACCUGCUGGAGAAGCUGGCCGAGGACCUGCCCUUCGACUUCGAGCUGUACAUCGUGGGCGACGGCAAGUACGGCGCCUGGAAGAACGGGCGCUGGACCGGGCUGGUGGGCGACCUGCUGAGCGGCAUGGCCCACAUGGCCGUCACCUCCUUCUCCAUCAACUCGGCCCGGAGCACGGUCAUCGACUUCACCAGCCCCUUCUUCUCCACCAGCCUGGGCAUCCUUGUGCGGACCAAGGACACGGCCUCGCCCAUCGGCGCCUUCAUGUGGCCCCUGCACUGGACCAUGUGGGUGGGCAUCUUCGUGGCGCUGCACGUGACGGCGCUCUUCCUCACGCUCUACGAGUGGAAGAGCCCCUAUGGCAUGACGCCCCACGGCCGCAACCGCAGGAAGGUCUUCUCCUACUCCUCCGCCCUCAACCUCUGCUACGCCAUCCUCUUCGGCCGCACCGUCUCCAGCAAGACGCCCAAGUGCUGGACCGGCCGCUUCCUCAUGAACCUCUGGGCCAUCUUCUGCCUCCUCGUGCUCUCCAGCUACACGGCCAACCUGGCCGCCGUCAUGGUGGGCGAGAAGACCUUCGAGGAGCUCUCGGGCAUCCACGACCCCAAGCUGCACCACCCCUCGCAGGGCUUCCGCUUCGGCACCGUGUGGGAGAGCAGCGCAGAGGAGUACAUCAAGAAGAGCUUCCCCGAGAUGCACGGGUACAUGCGACGCUACAACGUGCCCGCCACGACCGACGGCGUCACCAUGCUCAAGACAGAGCCUGCCAAGCUCAACGCCUUCAUCAUGGACAAGUCCCUGCUGGAGUAUGAGGUCUCCAUCGACUCCGACUGCAAGCUCCUGACAGUGGGGAAGCCCUUUGCCAUCGAAGGCUACGGCAUCGGACUGCCCCAGAAUUCGCCCCUGACCUCCAACAUCUCCGAGUUCAUCAGCCGCUACAAGUCGGCCGGCUUCAUGGACCUGCUGCACGACAAGUGGUACAAGAUGGUGCCCUGCGGCAAGCGCGUCUUCGCCGUCACCGAGACCCUGCAGAUGGGCAUCUACCACUUCUCGGGGCUCUUCGUGCUGCUGUGCAUUGGGCUCUGCGGGUCCCUGCUCACCUCCCUGGGCGAGCACAUCUUCUACCGCCUCAUCCUGCCCCGCAUCAAGAGGAAGAAGAAGUUCAACUACUGGCUGCAUACCAGCCAGAAAAUCCACCGGGCGCUGAACAUGGGCUUGGAGGAGCAGAAGAACCAAAAGCUGAGCCUGGAGAAAAGCUGCAACGUCCAGAAGAGCCAGGAGCCCCCGCUGUGCCCCCCUAGCCAGCCCAGCUGGAACAACCUCCGGAAGGCGGCAGGGAAGGAAGAGAAGCGGGUGCACUUCAACCUGGCGAAGGAGCCUGCGGAGGCAGAGCCGGGCCAAGAGCAGGAGGCGCCCGUGUGGCACUGCACGAACGGCCGGGCCCCGCAGCAGGAGGCGGGGGACAGGGAGGCCGAGGCGGCCGAGCUCAAGGAGCUGGAGGAGAGGAUCAAGGACAUGAGGGACCAGCUGCGGGCGGCGCUGGUGAGGAAGAGCGAGCUGGUCGUGGCACUGGGGCCUGCUCCGAGCCGCCACGCGCUGCCUAUCAGGGCCAUCACCAAGAAAAGCACGGACAGGUAAUGGUGUGGGCCUGUGGCAUCCUUGGCACCGACUCCUGCCGGGCACAAGCAACCUUCCUGCCUCUACCCGAGCCUGGCCAGGAGGAGGCAGGUAGCACAGACCUACCCGCAGCUUGCUCGCUCACCUUG